AUGGCGUUCAAGGGACCAGAGUGUUCAAUCUGUUAUGAAGGUUACAAUGAUGAAAAAAAAUGUCCUCGGCUUCUGAGUUGUGGACACAGCUUUUGCUCUAGCUGCUUGGAGAGACUACUCCACGGUAACAGCAUUGAUUGUCCCAAAUGCAGACAUGCAGUCGCAGUUCCUACUGGAGUCCAAGGUCUGUUAAAGAAUUUUGCGUUAUUGGACAUCGUGAAGGAAGCACCCAAAGAGCAGGCUGGACAUACAGAACAUACAGGCACCCACGAUUGUGAGGCUUGUGAUGAGAAACACACCGCGACUUUCUGUUGCUUGGACUGCAAAGAAAACUUUUGCAAAACUGCAGCUCAGUUUCAUAAACGCAGCAAAGCAAGUCGUGACCACCGGGUUGUUUCCCUCGAGGAGCUGAAAGCAAACCCUCAACUGGCUACUGUAUCUGUUUUCUGUCCAGAACAUAACGAUCAAUUUCGCUUUUUUGACAAAGAUUGUGGUCUUGUUAUUUGUAGAGACUGUUACGCCCUUAAUCAUAGCGGGCACAAGUGUGUAACUGUAGCUGAAGCUGCUUCAAAGUACCGACAGCAAAUGGAAGCACUUGUCACCAAAGCUAGCUCUCAAGUCGAAAAAAUUAAAGCCGCUGAAGGUCAAGUGAUGAGAGCAAGUGUUUCUAUGAAGGAGGCUUGCGAAGAAAGGAAUGGUGAAAUUCAAGAGUUUUUUCAACAAGUAAGGCAUGUCUUUGUUAUCUGUUCGAAUGAAAUCAAAGCAGCAAAAAUUUCCUGGUAUUACAAGAACCACUUACGAGUAAUGAUCAAAAAAUGAAAAACGGUUGAUGCUGGCAGUUACUGAGAUAAAGAAUGAAAUGCACUCAAAGUGACAUGCCGGAAGUCAGUGAUUCGAACCACUCUCGAACUAGAUACAGUAAGUAUACGUAUAAGUAGACCUCCCGGAAAAUGAUUAACUUUGGAAUAACAAUAAAUGCUAAACUGCUAAACUGCCGCUAAUAUUAGAAUAAAAGCAUCGGUGAGGGAUCAUAUUGUUAUUUGUUUUCAAAUAUCAGGCUGCGUGAUGGACAACAUGCACAUUAUAUUAACUUUGGAGAAGUUUCGGGAAUAUGUGAGUGUGCUUUUUUCUCCCUGACAGCUUCGUGACGCAAUAAAUAGCCGAGAGCAAGUUCUACUGGAUAAGCUGGUCAGUUUACAUCAAUCCAAGGAAUCCAUCCUCACGUGGCAGCAAGAACGUUUGCAAUUAAACAGAGCAUGUUUAGAGAGUGCAGUUGAGCAAGCAAAGUCCUCCAUACAAUCUCCUAGCGAUGUUAACUUCCUUCUCAGUAGGCUGGCUAUAGUGUCCACUUUCGAGACCAAUCAUGAAAGCCACUCUUUAGUGCUUGAACCGGAGGCGCAGUUUUUACCGGAGUUUGCACAGGACGAAAAGGUGAGAUUUCACUGA